UUGUUUGUGAUAUUCGUUUUCAGGUCUUUGGAUGACAAAUCUGGAAACGCUAGGAUUGAAAAUAUUUUGACUGGCCCAGCGUUGCCUGAUAAGGCUGUUGAAAGUCCACCAUUUUCUUUAGUUCUGGAUUUGGAUGAAACGUUAGUUCACUGUAGUCUCAGCAAGUUAGAUGGCGCUUCGUUGAAUUUUCCGGUUACCCUAAACGAAAAUACUUAUCAGGUAUACGUUCGAUUGCGCCCACAUAUCCGCGAGUUUCUGGAAAGAAUGUCGAAGGUAUAUGAAAUUGUAUUGUUCACUGCAAGUAAACGGGCCUACGCCGAUAGGCUGAUCAGUCUGCUGGACCCAGAUAAUAAAUUUAUUAGUUAUCGUCUGUUUCGAGAACACUGUAUUCUGAUAAACGGCAAUUAUAUUAAAGAUCUGUCCAUUCUUGGUCGCGAUUUGGCGAAAACUAUCAUAAUUGACAACUCUCCGCAUUCUUUCAUUUAUCAGGUAAGACAUUUUGCUUUAGAAUUUUCAGAAUAUAUAAAUAUAAUGUUGAUUUGA